CCUUCCCUUAUAUAGCUUAUCACUACAUGUAUUCAGCCCACAUGGCAACAGCUGUCAGUUGUCAUUCUAGGAGUUAGAGCACUCCCUUUCUACUGCCCUUCCUACUAUUUCUACUACCAGGUAGGAACCUAUCUAAGGUACCUACUUUCCUUUACUGUUCACACUUUGCUGCCUGCACUUCAGGACUCUUUGGCAAGAUGGCUCGCGCAAAAAAACCUAGUAGUCCACGCAAAGACAAAACCAAAGUCAAGUCUAAAGGCAAGUCAAAUAGCAGUUCCAAGGGCGUAUCCAAAGAUGAACCUAAAACAAAGGUCAAGGUCAAGGAUAGCCCACAAGAUGAACCUGCCAUAGCCAAAUCGGAAGAUAAACUACCUGUAUCUCCAGAAGCGCCGGUACCCCAAGAAGCCCGCCGUAAAAGAACUCCUUACAAGGGAGUUCCUCUUCCCCAUCCAGGGGAGUCACGACUUGCGGCGCCACCACCGCCGAUAAUACCAUCGCAACCUAUAACAAGCCCGUCAGUUUCGGAAACACCAGGGCUUAAUAUAGGAACAGAUAAUUAUCCAUCCGGCCGAGGUCAGCAAUUACACCGAAAGCGAGGAGGCACGGCGCAGGCCAUCUUGAUGCGAAGGAGACGCGAAAUGAAGAUGAAGAGGUGGUUAGAGCAACAAGCCAAGAAGGAGAGGGAGGAAGAAGAAAAUCAAACUAAAGCCGCCCAGGCCGCCGAUAUUCCUCCUCCUGGACCUCGUGUUUGUCGGUUCUGCGGUGUCACUUUCGAUCCUGGAGCCAAUAACGCCUGUCCUAAACACCAAAUUCAUCACGGAGAGUUCCAGUAUGGAUACACGUCGACUAAGGACAGGUGGACUAUGGAAGAAUAUAUGGAAGUCAAACAGAACUGGUCGUGUUGUCAUAAGGAGAGUUUGGAUAGUCCGGGAUGCGCGUAGGGAGUACAUCAGGCCUAGAAGCUUUUUUUUUUGGGACGGGGAGCUUGGGCAAGAUUCAGGUACAAAAACAAAACAAAGUAUUGUACCUAAGACCUUACCAGGAUAGCCCCACCUCCAUUAGGUAGAUUCGAUCCCAUAAAUCUCCAUAUGGGGGGCCAAUUAGGGCCAUUUUUAGCAUAUUCAAAUCAUUACGUCACUGUACUUUUAGUGGGCUUCUUACCCUGGUUUGACCAAAUCAUACCUGUUGUACUAUGAUAGUUGGUGAUAGGUUUGUAGCUAGAUUGCAUGCAUGUACGUAGUAUAGGUUAGGUUAGGUACCCCCCUAAGGUGCCUCAUAUAGCA